AUGAAGAGAAAUUGUGUACUUCUUGCUGCUGCAGUAACCGCCACUGAAGUGGUUUCCUAUUCCUUUCUACCGGCGGCAAUACGAUUAUUUUUCAUGCUGGCUUCGAUAGCGGUAUUUAUUGGAAUAUGGAUGAACACACGUGAGACUAGCAGAACUAAAGUUAUGGUGCUCAUGGUCAGUGAUGCACUUCUAAAGUUGCCGGUGUUUGUCGCAAUUUUUCAAAUAAUAACUACGUUAACAUCGUACAACAAUCCGCAUCGACCUAUAUACUUUAAUGACUCCAUAUGUAUUGCACAUUACAGCAAGCACCGAUGUUUCCUAUAUGGUCUAUCCACUGCAUUCCUAUGGGUUGGUUUAACGGUAUCGUUAUUCUGUUGUAUAACCGACAUACCGCUUAUGUUACAACUUUGGAAACUCCAUUCCCGAAGCAGCGAUGUGACGUCGUCAAGAAAUGGCACAGAUGUAAUGUGUCGUUGUCCAACUUUGACCACAAUUGACGUUCCACCACCAAUUUACACUACGAUAACCUCAAAUUAUCCAACCUCGAGAGAUUCAACGAGAACACUUGAAACAUCGUUGCCUCAUUGUAAUCGUGUGGAUCGAUCCACCUUGUGUGAACUUCAUCGCACCUACCUCGAUCCGUUAAGUCAACCACUACCGCCACCAUACUCUCCAUGA